AUGUCAAAGACAUACUCGGGGCUCUUCUGCGUAGUGGUCAACCCGUACAAGAAGCUCCCGAUUUACACCGAGAAGAUUAUGGAGAGAUACAAAGGCAUCAAGAGGCAUGAAGUCCCGCCACAUGUAUUUGCAAUCACUGACACAGCAUACCGCUCUAUGCUUCAAGAUCGUGAAGAUCAGUCUAUCCUGUGUACGGGAGAAUCAGGUGCUGGUAAGACAGAGAAUACAAAAAAGGUUAUCCAGUACCUUGCGUAUGUCGCCGCUUCUAAACCUAAAGGAUCUGGAGCGGUCCCGACGCCACAGUUGAUUAUAGGCGAAUUGGAGCAACAGUUACUACAGGCCAACCCUAUACUAGAAGCCUUCGGUAACGCCAAAACAGUCAAAAACGAUAACUCAUCGCGUUUUGGUAAAUUCAUUAGAAUUAACUUUGACGCGUCAGGGUACAUAGCUGGAGCGAAUAUAGAAACGUAUUUAUUAGAGAAAUCGAGAGCGAUCAGACAAGCAAAAGAUGAAAGAACAUUCCAUAUAUUCUAUCAGCUCCUAUCGGGAGCCACUCCCGAGCAGCGAGCUGAAUAUAUCCUAGAAGACCCCAAAAGCUACUUCUUCCUAACAAAUGGAGCUCUGCCCGUACCGGGUAUCGACGAUUCGGCUGAAUUCCAGGCGACUAUUAAGUCCAUGAACAUUAUGGGAAUGAACAUGGAAGACUUCAAUUCGAUAUUUAGAAUCGUGUCGGCCGUUCUUCUUUUCGGUUCGAUGCAAUUCAAGCAAGAAAGAAACUCGGAUCAAGCCACACUUCCAGAUAACACUGUUGCGCAAAAGAUUGCACAUUUGCUUGGUUUAUCCGUUACGGAUAUGACAAAGGCUUUCCUGAAACCAAGGAUCAAAGUCGGCCGCGAUUUUGUAACGAAAGCGCAGACAAAAGAACAGGUGGAGUUUUCUGUUGAGGCCAUUAGUAAAGCGUGCUACGAAAGACUGUUCAGAUGGCUGGUCAACAGAAUUAACAGAUCUCUCGACAGGACGAAGAGACAAGGCGCCUCCUUCAUCGGCAUCCUCGAUAUGGCUGGUUUCGAAAUAUUCGAACUCAACUCAUUCGAACAGUUGUGCAUCAACUACACAAAUGAAAAGCUACAACAGCUCUUCAACCACACUAUGUUCAUCUUAGAACAGGAAGAGUACCAGAGAGAAGGCAUUGAAUGGAAAUUCAUCGACUUUGGGCUCGACUUGCAGCCGACAAUCGACCUGAUCGAUAAGCCCAUGGGAAUAAUGGCUCUUCUCGAUGAAGAGUGUUGGUUCCCGAAAGCGACAGACAAGACGUUCGUUGAGAAAUUAGUUUCUGCUCACUCGGUGCACCCGAAGUUUAUGAAGACCGACUUCCGGGGCGUCGCAGACUUUGCGAUCAUUCAUUAUGCUGGCAAAGUCGAUUAUUCAGCAACAAAAUGGUUGAUGAAGAACAUGGAUCCUUUGAACGAAAACGUCGUGUCGCUGUUGCAAGCAUCACAAGAUCCGUUCGUGUGCCACAUUUGGAAGGACGCUGAAAUAGUGGGCAUGGCGCAACAAGCGAUGACUGACACGCAAUUCGGUGCUAGAACGAGAAAGGGAAUGUUCAGAACGGUUUCCCAGUUGUACAAAGAGCAACUGACGAAACUUAUGGCGACACUGCGAAACACCAACCCGAACUUCGUCAGAUGUAUCAUACCGAAUCAUGAGAAGAAAGCCGGCAAAAUCGAGGCAACCCUGGUUCUCGACCAGCUCAGGUGCAACGGUGUGUUGGAGGGAAUUAGAAUUUGCAGACAGGGCUUCCCUAACAGAAUACCAUUCCAGGAAUUCCGUCAGCGAUACGAACUACUGACCCCGAACAUCAUUCCCAAGGGAUUCAUGGACGGAAAGAAAGCAUGCGAACGUAUGAUCGAAGCUCUCGAACUCGAUCACAAUCUGUACCGCGUCGGACAAUCCAAGAUAUUCUUCAGAGCAGGAGUCCUUGCGCAUCUGGAAGAGGAGAGGGACUACAAGAUCACCGACUUAAUAGUGAACUUCCAGGCUUUCUGCAGAGGAUUCUUGGCGAGAAGAAACUACCAAAAGAGACUGCAGCAGCUCAACGCCAUUCGAAUCAUCCAGAGGAAUUGUGCGGCAUAUUUGAAGUUGAGAAAUUGGCAAUGGUGGAGAUUGUACAUAAAGGUCAAACCACUGCUCGAGGUUACGAAACAAGAGGAGAAGUUGACUCAGAAAGAAGACGAGCUCCGUCAGAUUCGUGACAAGAUGGAAUCGCAGAUGGCUCGGUGUCAAGAAUAUGAGGCCAAGUUCCAACAGGCCAGCGCUGAGAAGACCCAACUUGCAGAACAACUGCAGGCGGAAUUAGAACUAUGUGCUGAGGCCGAAGAAAGUCGAGCGCGUGCCGCAGCCAGAAAACAGGAGUUGGAAGAGCUGCUGCACGAUUUGGAAGGUCGGAUCGAGGAGGAGGAGGAGCGGUGUAACGCUCUUCAACAGGAGAAGAAGCGGUUGCAGCUUAAUAUACAGGAUCUGGAGGAGCAGUUAGAAGAAGAAGAAGGCGCUCGUCAGAAAUUGCAAUUGGAGCGAGUGCAGUGUGAUGCCAAACUUAAGAAGUUGGAAGAGGAACUCGCUCUCACUGAGGACACCAAUCAGAAACUCUCCAAGGAAAAGAAGUUACUGGAAGAGCGUGCCAACGACCUGUCUCAAGCCUUAGCAGAGGAAGAGGAGAAGGCGAAACAUUUGAGCAAACUCAAGACGAAACAAGAGUCGGCCAUCGCUGAAUUAGAAGAGAAACUUCUUAAGGAUCAUCAAAUGAGACAAGAAGUAGAGAGAGCCAAGCGGAAGAUAGAGACUGAGUUGCAAGAUGUGAAGGAGCAGCUCGUUGAAAAGAAGGCGCAGAUUGAAGAGUUGCAGAUUGUACUCACAAAACGCGAAGAGGAACUAGCAGCGGCCAUCAGUCGCGCAGAUGAGGAGAGUGCCCUACGUGCGUCUGCGCAGAAAGGGGCGAGGGAAGCCGAAGCGGCCCUCGCGGAGGCCCACGACGACCUGGAAGCGGAGAGGAAUGCACGAACUAAGGCGGAGAAGUUGCGAAGGGACCUCAACGAGGAGCUGGAGGCGCUUAAGAGCGAGCUGUUGGACUCGCUCGAUACGACUGCUGCCCAACAAGAGCUCCGUUCGAAGCGCGAGCAAGAGGUGGCAGUUCUGAAGCGAAGUCUAGAAGAAGAGGCUUCUUCUCACGAAGCGACCAUCGCGGAACAGAGGCACAAGCACUCGCAGGAGCUGCAGUUGCUCAACGAGCAGCACGAGCAGAUGAAGAAGACCAAAGCUGCUCUCGAGAAAGCCAAGCAGCAGCUGGAAGCGGAAAACGCAGAUCUCGCGACGGAGCUGAAGAGCGCAAGUGCCGCUCGGGUAGAUGGAGAAAGACGCAGGAAGCAAACGGAGGCGCAGCUUCAGGAACUCGUCGCCAAACUGCAAGAAGUCGAGAGGACUAGGUCUGAAGUAUCAGAGAAAUGUAUCCGACUCCAGAGCGAAGCUGAACAAGCUCUGCAGCAGCUGGAACAGGCAGAGUUGAAGGCUUCGGCCGCUGCAAAACAUGCUGCGACCGCUGGGGCACAGCACGCUGAGGCACAGGCUCUCUUAGAAGAAGAGACGAAGCAGAAGUUAGCUCUUCAAACCCGUCUGCGCAACGUCGAGCAACAGUUAGAGCAAGCCAGAGACCAGCUGGAGGAAGAGGAAGAGGCCAAGAGGAACUUUGAGAAGCAGGUGGUAGCAUUGACCCAGCAAGUGGCAGACGCCAAGAAGAAGGCGGAAGAGGAGGCGGAGGUGGCGGCGGCACUCGAGGAACAGCGCAAGAAGCUCAGCAAGGACAUGGAAGCCCUGCACAGGCAGCUGGAUGAGUUGCGACAGGCCAACGACAAGCUGGACAAGAGUAAAAAGAAGAUCCAAGCUGAGUUGGAAGACACGAACAUAGAUCUUGAGGCGCAACGAGCCAAGGUGCUGGAGCUGGAGAAGAAACAGAAGAGCUUUGAUAAGGUUGUGGCGGAAGAGCGUAGCGUGGCGGAGCGUUACGCAGCGGAGCGUGAUGCGGCCGAAAGGGACGCACGAGACAAGGAGACCCGCGUGCUUAGUCUCACCAGGGAACUCGAUGAUGCUGCCGAGAAGAUUGAAGAGUUAGAACGCUCGAAACGUCUCCUACAAUCUGAGUUGGACGAACUGGCGAACACCCAAGGCACGGCCGACAAGAACGUACACGAACUGGAGAAGGCCAAGCGUGCGCUGGAGUCUCAGCUGGCGGAACUGAAGGCGCAGAACGAGGAGAUAGAAGACGAUUUGCAACUCACAGAAGAUGCCAAGUUGCGUCUAGAAGUUAACAUGCAAGCUAUGAGAACGCAGUUUGAAAGGGAUUUACAGGCGAAAGAAGAACAAGGCGAAGAGAAACGUCGGGGAAUCGUGAAGCAGCUUCGUGAUUUGGAAGCUGAGCUCGAAGAGGAACGUAAGCAAAGGGCCGCUUCGCUUGCGAAUCGUAAGAAACUCGAGGGAGACCUCAAGGACGCCGAACAAGCGCUCCAUCUGGCUAACAAGGUGAAAGAGGACGCCGUAAAACAAGCGAAGAAGCUAACGGUCCAGCUCAAGGAAGCCGUCCGCGAGGCGGAGGAAGCUCGCGCCGGUCGCGAAGAAAGCGCCGGUCAGGCGCGCGAGGCCGAGCGACGAGUGAAGGCGCUCGAGGCCGAAGCUCUCCAGCACGCGGAGGAGUUGGCCGCAGCCGAGAGGGCGCGGAGACAUGCCGAGUGCGAGAGGGACGACCGAGACGACGAGCUCACCGCUGCCGCUGCGAAGGUGACGCUGCUAGUCGACGAAAAGAAACGUCUCGAAGCCAGAAUUGCAGCACUCGAAGAGGAUCUAGACGAGGAACAGUCCAACAACGAGAUACUCAAUGACAGACUUAGGAAAUCACAGAACCAAAUCGAGCAGUUGACGAUGGAGCUGGGCACCGAGAAGUCUGCAACGCAGAAGCUGGAAAGCGGCAAGCUGGUGCUGGAGAGGCAAAACAAGGAGCUCAAGGCCAAGCUGGCCGAACUCGAGACUGCUGGACGCGCCAAGACUAAGGGCGUGAUUACCUCCCUUGAGCUGAAGGUGGUGAAUCUAGAAGAGCAACUGGAAGCAGAGAGUCGCGAACGAUUGGCCCAGCAGAAGGCAUCCCGGAAACUGGACAAAAAGAUGAAGGAGCUGGCGCUGCAGCUGGAUGAAGAAAGGAGACACGCUGAUCAGUACAAGGAGCAGAUCGAGAAGAUGAACAACCGCGUAAAGGCUCUGAAGCGUCAACUGGACGAGUCCGAAGAGGAGGUGCAGCGUGAGAAAGUCGGCAAAAGAAAAGCUCAGCGCGAGUAUGAGGACCUGCUCGAGACCCACGAGACCAUUGCCAGGGAGUGCAGCAAUCUGCGGAACAAGCUCAGAAGGCAAGGCGGUGGCGCCAUCGGCCUGUCGGGCGCGUCUUCAUCCACUCGCGUGAAGAGGUCCUCUUUGGCGCCGGGCCACGCCUCCGGAGACGAAUCGUUCGAUGACGUGAACGAUACGGCCAACAGUCUCGAGUAA